CCCCAAAGCCCUCUCUCUCUCUCCCCGCUAAUUCUUUGGCUCUGCACAACUUCUGCUGCUGCUGCUGCUGCUGCAUAUAUUGCUAUCUGAUGUACAAUAAAAAGAUUGCCCAAGUUACCAACGUUGAGGUUUAGGGCAAAAGUAAUGGAAAAAGAGAUAAGAACCCCGGGAUCUUUGAGCUACAGCCAUCUUAUCGGAGAACCGCCGGGAGGGCUUGAAAGAAGAGACGCUGUCCAAAACGCAACUUCAAGCCGUAGUCAACAGCAGCAAGCAGGAGUUGGGCAAGGCUCAGAUCCGGUUACCGGUGCAACAAUUGCACCCGGGUCGGGUAGAUCCAACUUGAAGACGCUGUCGGCAGCCGCCGCAGUUAGAUAUCGGGAAUGCCUGAGGAAUCACGCGGCGAGCAUCGGAGGAAGUGUGUUUGAUGGGUGCGGGGAGUUCAUGCCGAGCGGCGAAGAAGGGAGCUUGGAAGCUCUCAAGUGUGCUGCCUGCGAGUGUCACCGGAACUUUCACAGAAGAGAGGUUCAUGGGGAGCCUUCGAGAAGAAGUAUGGUGCUUAGACCUCUUCAACUCCCUCCGCCGCUGCUACACCAUCAAAGAUUCUCCAUGGGCGUUCACACUAACCCUACUGCUGCUCCAAUCGUUCAACCAAUGAACGUGGCGUACGGUAUCAGCGGAGGAACCGAGUCUUCCAGCGAGGAUCUCAAUAUCUUCGAGUCGAAUGCGGAGGCGGCACCGCCGCCUUCCUUUGCCUUGUCGAAGAAGCGGUUCAGAACCAAGUUCACGCCGGAGCAGAAGGACAAGAUGUUGGAGUUCGCCGAGAAGGUCGGGUGGAGGAUUCAGAAACAAGAUGAAGAGGAGGUGGAGAAGUUUUGUGCUGAGGUUGGAGUGAAGAGACAAGUCCUCAAGGUGUGGAUGCACAACAACAAGAACACAAUGAAGAAGCAAAAUGACGAUCAGACCCCAAGGCAGCAGCCAUUUGAGAUGGGGAUAGAGACAGAGGUGUAGGAAAUGGAGGAUGCAUGAGAUGAUUUUUAUAGAAUCAUUACUAUAAUUCUUGCAUUUAAAAUCCCUAGCUAGCUAGCUGUUGUCACCUUUCAGCAUUGUUCUUAAUGACAAUAUUUAUGAUCUUAACUUUGUUGCCUAACAUGCUGGAUCGAUGAAAUUAGUAUGAAAAUUUUCAUGACUUCUGUCA